AUGAUGCGCGCUGUUGGGAUGGAAGUGCCAGAGGUAACAUCACGAAAUCUGGCCGGGUAUGAGGAUGACGCGGCUCAUGAUGAGCAGUUUCAGUUCAGUGAUGAUGAGGCUCCCUUGGAAGCCAUCGCUUACGAAGCUACUGAAGAGGACCUAGAAAGCGAGUGCUUGGAAGAUGACCCAUGCACCUCCUCCAGCAAAGCCUUCGGCAAAGCCGUCGUCGGCGCCAAGCAUCUCGCCUGCCAGGAUUGUGCCAAAGAGAUCCUGGAAACCCCGCAGAAAGAGGACCGUAGGGAAAAGCUCGAGAAACUGCAGCUCUUGCUCUUGCAGCUGGCGCGGUUAAGCACCGACAACCUGGACACCCUGCCCCCCAGCGCCACUGCCACGGCGGCGGCGGGCAACUUGGACAAGGCGGGCAUCCUGAAGAAGGAGACUGCGGCGGGUGAGCUGGCGGGCAACUUGGACGAGGCGGGCAUCUUCGAGAAGGAGACGGAGCUGGCAGGCAACAUGGAGAACAAGGCGGGCAUCUUUGAGGAGUCUGCUACAGGCGAGCUGGCGGGCAAGGCGGGCAUCUUCGAGGAGUCUGCUACGGGUGAGCUUGCGGGCAAGGCGGGCAUCUUGGAGGAGUCUGCUACGGGCGAGCUGGCGGGCAAGGCGGGCAUCUUCGAGGAGUCUGCGACGGGCAAGGGCAAGUUGGACAAGAAGGACAUCUUGCAGAAGGAGACUGCCAAGGCGGAGCUGGCAGGCAACAUGGAGAACAAGGCGGGCGUCUUCGAGGAGUCUGCUACGGGCGAGCUGGCGGGCAAGGCGGGCAUCUUGGAGGAGUCUGCAACGGGCGAACUGGCGGGCAACUUGGACAAGGCGGGCAUCUUCGAGAGGACUGCCAAGGCGGAGCUGGCAGGCAACAUGCAGAAGAAGGCGGGCAUCUUGGAGGAGUCUGCAACGGGCGAGCUUGCGGGUAACGUGGGCAUCGUAGAUGAGUUUACGAACGGGCUGGCGAGCAACUUGGACAAGGCGGGCAUCUCGGAGGAGUCUGCCACGGGCAAGCUGGCGGGCAACUUGGACAAGGCGGGCAUCUUGGAGGAGUCUGCUACGUGUGAGCUGGCGGGCAACUUGGACAAGGCGGGCAUCUUGGAGGAGUCUGCUACGGGCGAGCUGGCGGGCAACUUGGACAAGGCGGGCAUCUCCGAGGAGUCUUUCACGGGCAAGCUGGCGGGCAACUUGGACAAGGCGGGCAUCUUGGAGGAGUCUGCUGCGGGUGAGCUGGCGGGCAACUUGGCGGCCAACUUGGACAAGGCGGGCAUCUUGGAGGAGUCUGCUGCGGGUGAGCUGGCGGGCAACCUGGCGGCCAACUUGGACAAGGCUGGCAUCUUGGAGGAGUCUGCUACGGGUGAGCUGGCGGGCAACCUGGCGGCCAACUUGGACAAGGUGGGCAUCUUGGAGAAGGAGACGGCCAAGGAGGAGCUGGCGGUUGACGACAGCGUGGAGGCGAAGAAGGCGGACUUCAAGGUGGACAACGCGAACAAGCCGGCGGGCAAGAAGCGCAAGGCGGCCAGCGACAAGAACAACGCCGAGGUGGAGCUGGCGGGCGACUUGAAGAAGGGCAAGGGGAAGCGAGCGGGCAAGGCGCGAGGCAAGCCCAUGGUGGGCGAGGUGGCUGAGCAGGCGGGCGUUGCUGAGAAGACGGAAGAGAAGGCGGGCGUUUCUGAGCAGACAGAUGAUGCGGACGAGAAGGCCAGCUCUUCGAAGCCUUCGUGGUUUGGCAAAGUCCCGUUCAUUUCUGCGGAGGAGCAAUGCCCUGGCAAGAAGAGGGGCAGGAAGCCGAAGAAAGCUGAGAAGAACGAGCCGGAGCAGUUGGCAGAAGGCAGCGCGGGGCGGGGGCGCGGUCGUGGGCGCGGUCGUGGGCGUGGCCGUGGGGCCAAGAGUGCGCCGAUGAGGGCAGAGUCUGAUGCCGAUGAUGAGGGGUCGGCGGAGGCUGAUGACAAGGCGGCUGCUGAUGACAAGGCGGCUGCUAGUGACAAGGCGACGGCGACAAAGAAGCGAUCUACAAACGGGCAGGCCGCAGCUGCCCCAGCGAAGGCGGCCAAGACGACUGGCAAAGGCAAGAAGCGCCCGCAUGAGGAAGAGGAUGACGUUCAGCCUGACCCUGCCAGCUCUGUGGAUCCUGCGGUUGCUGCAAGGAAGAGCCGGCAAUCCCGGAAGUCCUCCGCCUACCACUGCGUGAAAAAGCAGAAGCUCGCGGAGGGUGCCUCGCUUCAGGAGGCUGUCAAUGCUGCCAGGGAGGUGCCUUGA